CCUCUGUGUGACCCCCGCGGGGUGACCCUUGCCCUCUGUGUGACCUGCGCCCUCUGUUCCAGGGGCAUUAACCACAUUCUCGAUGCCAGGGAGGUCGGCAUGAAGAUAUUCGAGGAUUACACCAACUCCUGGUUCUGGAUCUUAAUUGGUCUGGUCAUCACCAUGCUGGUCAGCCUCCUCUUCAUCCUCCUGCUGCGUUUCACCGCUGGAGUCCUCUUCUGGUUCGUCAUUGUUGCUGUGAUCGGGGUCAUCGGCUACGGGAUCUGGCACAGUUACUGGGAGUACAGCAGCCUGAAGGGCAAGCCUGGCAGUGACAUCCCCAUAUACGACAUUGGCUUCCAGACUGACCUGCGAGUAUAUCUGCAGCUGCGACAAACCUGGCUGGCCUUCAUGAUCCUCCUCUGCAUUCUGGAGCUGAUCAUCAUCCUGAUGCUGAUUUUCCUUCGGAAGAGAAUUUGUAUCGCCAUCGCCCUGCUCAGGGAAGGAAGCAGAGCCAUUGGACACAUGAUGUCGACCCUGUUCUACCCCAUCAUCACGUUCCUGCUUCUAGCCGUUUGUAUCUCCUACUGGGCCGUAACGGCCAUAUUCCUGUCCACAUCUGGGGAGGCGGUGUACAAAGUGUUGGUCAGUCAGGGCAAGUGUAAAUAUGCAAACAUGACGUGUAACCCGCAGACGUUCAGCAUCAGUAACGUGACCAGGCUGUGCCCGGGGGCUCAGUGUGCCUUUGCAUUCUACGGCGGUGAGACUGUGUACUACAAGUACAUCUUCAUCCUGCAGAUCUGCAACCUCUUGGUCUUCCUGUGGUUGGUCAACUUUGCCAUUGCUCUGGGCCAGUGCACGCUGGCCGGAGCCUUCGCCUCUUACUACUGGACCUUCCGCAAGCCCGCUGGACUGCCCGCCUUCCCGCUGCUCGCAGCCUUCUCACGCGCACUCCGCUAACACACAGGAUCGUUGGCCUUUGCACUGAUCCUCAGCCUCGUGCAAAUGGUCCGGAUCAUUCUAUAUUAUCUGGACAGCAAAUGAAAGGGGGCACACAACGUGGUCGCUCGCUUCCUGCUCUGCUGCCUCAAGUGUUGCUUCUGGUGCUUGGAGAAAUUCAUCAAGUUCCUGAACCGGAACGCCUACAUCAUGAUUGCCAUUUAUGGUAAAAACUUCUGUACAUCGGCCAAGGAAGCUUUCUUUCUGCUGAUGAGGAACGUGUUGAGAGUGGCUGUUCUGGAUAAGGUGACGGACUUCUUGCUGUUCCUGGGAAAGGUGUUGAUUGUGGGCAGUGUAGGAGUUCUCGCCUUCUUCUUCUUCACGCGCAGGAUAAAGAUCGUCACAGAAGAGGCUCCGUCACUCAACUAUUACUGGGUGCCCCUGGCGACGGUGAUAUUCGGAUCGUACCUCAUCGCGCACGGGUUCUUCAGCGUUUACGCCAUGUGUGUGGACACGCUGUUUCUCUGCUUCUUGGAGGACCUGGAGAGGAACGAUGGGUCGGAGGAGAAGCCGUACUUCAUGAGCAAAACCUUGAUGAAGAUCCUGCACAAACGCAACGAUGAGAGUGACGGGCGGAGACACUAACGCAGCUCCUGCCUUCAUCUAGCGCCCGUCUAAUCCCACUGCUCCCCCGUCACCUGGCAACAGCAGCAGCUGCAGCGGCUCCCUCCCUGCCUGUGGGACGGGGCGCAGCGAAGGGGGGGGGGGGGGGGGGGGGGCCUGCACCCUGCAGUCGCUAGUCCCCACCCAGCCCAGUCGACCCAGGGGGGAGAGAGAGCGAGGG